AGGAAGCCUAGCUUGUUUGUGUUUAUACGAACAAACGCUUAAUUUUUAUUACGAAUAAUAUUCGUUUACUAAUGCACAAGAAAUAUUUGCAGGUCGGACGGCUUAAGCUCGAGUUGCAACGUCUCUCAGCAUCAUGAUCACACACUCUCACUAAGAUGCCUGUUUGCGACGGCAGCAGCAUUACAGGACUCCUGAGCACCCUCUGUGACCGCAGUCUCUCUGGUUUAUCAUGGAAACGUCGUGCUCUGGGCACAAUGUCCCGGGACUCGGCACGUCGCACCCUGCGCAAACGUGCAUACGGGGCGCUACUGGCCAGCCUCUUCCAGGAUGGGUCACCAAAACCACCACCAAACGCUCUAUCAAACACACCCGCCCGUAAUAAAAUACUCAUGAUAUCCUUCGACUUGCGUGUAUCUGGUCGUGAAGAGGAGGCGGAGAGAUUGGAAGAGCUCCUGGGUCAGCUGCAGGAUGGGGCGGGGCUAUCCGAACUUGACUCCGCCCUGGAACUCCUGGUGCAGCUGGCUGGAUCUGUGGCUCCGCCUCCUCAGUCUUUUAGUCGUGACUACAUGCGGCGGGACCGUCCCGUCCAGCGCAGGCCUCCGUUAGGUGGGUAUCUGAGCCAGGACAUGCAGCGGCUGGAGGAGAGGGCAUGGUCUUUGAUUUGUGGGGAGGAGUGGGGUGUUUUUGGGGGCAUUUGCAGGACGCUUAACAUUAUGGAUGCUCCGCCGGGCACCGGGCUUGUCGGAUUGGGACGCAGACCGGAAACAGAGGAGAAGUUUGAGAGAGAGACCCGAAUGUCAUUGUUUGGUGCCCUGCAACACUCUAGAACAACAGAUUUGGAUGUCAGAUUGGACCUGCCGCCCGUUCCCAGUAACGCAGACCUUACUGGACUUAGUAUACGGGUUCCUCUGUGUCUGGAUCAGUCUGAUGAUGAAGGCUUCCAGUCCGCCUCCAAUCUGACUCCAGAUUCCCAAUCUGAGACGAGUCCCAGUCCUGAAGUGGACAUGUGGGAGGCCCUGCGGACAUUCGUGCCCGGCAGACGACGCUGUUGGGAGAACAUUGGCUGCCCUCCAGGACAGAAGGAGCCCCCGUACCUGACAGAGGCCGGCAGAGAGGCGUUUGAUCAGCUCUAUCGACUGUGGGAAGGUGAAAUGAGAAACAUUCUGUCAACACAGACACCAUCGCCACUCCUGCCUCUGCCGCUGGACUGUCAGAGUCAGCUGGUCAAAGACGUGCUCAACGUGCUGAUCGGGGUCUCCUCCGUCACAUUUCCUCUCAACGAGGCUAGUGUGCAGUUCAAUGUGCGUCCAGAUAUAUGUGUGUCCGGGACGUCCCCUGAGAGUGUGUCCCGUCUGCUGAGUGAACUGGCGCAGUACGGCACACACUACCUGCGUCUCAGCCGGUUCUCCCUCAGCGGCGGCAGUCAGAAGGGACUCGUCUUCCAGGCUUUUACAGGUGGUCUGCGGCGUUACCUGCAUUACUACAGAGCGUGUGUGUUGAGCACUCCUGGCUCUCUGAGUCUCCUCACUAUCGGAUGUCAUUUUCGCAAACUGGGCCGUCAGCUGAGGUAUCUGUCAGAACUGUGUUGUGUGGAUGGAAUCGCCGGUGUGGGACGAGCAACAUUUCCCGUGGGUGUAAAGCUGCUGUCGUGUCUGUAUAAUGAAGCUCAGAGUAACUGCAGUAAUGAGAAUCAUCCGGUGCUGCUGUCGCUGUUGAAGAGCAGCUGUGAGCCGUACACGCGUUUUGUUUCAGACUGGGUGUACAGUGGUGUCUUUCGUGACGUGUAUAAAGAGUUUAUGAUUGAGGUCAAUGAGGAUUAUCUUACCUACAGAGAUAAGAACUUCUGGACGCAGGGCUACACACUCAUUUCACGGGAUGCAGAGGAUUGCGUACCGGUGUUUCUCAAACACAUCGCCAAUGAUGUUUACAUCUGCGGGAAAACCAUUAAUCUGCUGAAAAUCUGCUGUCCACAGCACUACAUCUUCUGGUCGGACGUCCCAGUGCCCAGGAUCGCUGUGACGUUUUCUCUGAAGGAAGUUGAGGAGAUUGAGAGAGACUGCGCCGUGUACCGGGGGCGAAUGGAGACUAUCUCUAGACACAGCGCCAUCAGCAGGGAGGAGCAGGCCGCACGGACUGAACAGGCCCGACAGGAGCUCAUUAACCAGGUCAGAGAGUCAGCGGCCAAAACCCUGGAGAGAAUCAGAGGCCGCCAGGUGUCGCAGCGUCUGGCAGAGGAGGCCCAGAAACGAGAGCGAUUCAAAGAGAUGAAGCAGCAGCUGGAGCUCGACCAGGAGUGGCGCAGCACCGCGAGACGGAAGGAGCUGGAAGAUGAUUUCAGUUAUGCACGAGAACUCCGAGACCGAGAGCAGAGGCUGCAGGCCCUCGAGGAGCAGCUGGAGCGCCAGGCACGGAUGGAUCUGAUCGCCCAGUACAGUCAGUUGUCAGAAGCAGCCGCGAGACGAGAACUCAGAGCUAUGUGGAAAGUGCAGAGGAUGAAACUUGAUGAGCAGAGAGUCCAUUUCCUGCAAAACGAGCAGCACAACAUACAGGCUCUUCUGGAAAUGAAGUUUAGUUUGGGAAAGGAAGGCCCUCCUCUGCAAACACCCCACAUUCAGCAGCCUGAACAACUAGACAAGCUCACUGAGCAGCAGAAUCUAAGUGAACCGCAAACUGGACAUCCUCCAGUCCCAGAAUCCUCUGCUUUUCCCUGUCCUCCUGCAACAAGUCAAGCUGUAAUGUCAGAAGAGAUGGACACUGCAGACUUCCUCCCCCAGCCUCCACACUGCCCUAAAAGUGGUGCCGUGACCCAGGCUCUCAACGAUAUUGGAUCAGACCUGUUUCCUCAGACGCCCAACCCAAGUCUGCCACAUCCAUCGGCCUCCCACAUACAGCUCGGAGAACAUGUUUCGGAAGUCUUGGAGUCCUUCCCAUUGCCUAGUGAAUUUGGACAGGCAUCCAAGUCCAGCUUUCCAUUGGGUCAGUUCAUUCCAGAGGGGCUGGUAGGUCAACCGAAAGCUAGUGUUCAUGGACACCCUUCACAGAGCUCUGUUCAGCUGGGAGACUCCACUGCCUGGGGGCGGAUCAAGGGCCCGGUUCACUCCGAGUCAAGCACCCCGACCCAGACCACUCAAGAGAGCACAUGUAAAGCAGAGAGCGAGAGCUGGUGUACAGAAAAACAGGAGACGGGAGCAGAGCCCUCGGCGGCCAGCGCAGGUUUAGAGCCAAAGCAAGCCACCCAGGAGCCAACAGAUGAAGCCAAGUCCUGCGAGAGUGUCAGCCAGACCUCUCACUGUUCGCAGCCAGAGCAAGAACAAUCUGUGUCUCCUCUCAUCAGCUUCCAUGAGUCACAGUCUGAUACUCUUAUAAGGAAUAACAGCGCCGAUCAGGAUCCAGCACUGAUUUCAUCUUUGUCCUCUGCUGAUGUUCAAAGCCACGCCUCUGAUGCCCAUAUAAGGGUUGUUGAACAUGUUUCAGAGGCAACCACUCUAUUAACUUCUGAUAUACAUGGCCACACCUCUGAUGCCCAUAUAAGAGUUGGCGAGCAUGUUUCCGAGGUGAUGACUCCUAUCUUCACUCCUAACAUCCAUGGCCACGCCUCUGAUGCACAUAUAAGGGUUGGCAAACACGUUUCUAAGGUAACCUCUUCACCUCCAGCCCCUAAUAUCCAUGGCCAUGCCUCUGACGCCCAUAUAAGAGUUGGCGAACAUGUUUCUGAGGUAACCACUUCUCUUCCAACCCCUAAUAUCCAUGGCCAUGCCUCUGACGCCCAUAUAAAGGUUGGCAAACACGUUUCUGAAGUAACCACUUCUCCUCCAGCCCCUAAUAUCCAUGGCCAUGCCUCUGACGCCCAUAUAAGAGUUGGCGAACAUGUUUCUGAGGUAACCACUUCUCUUCCUACCCCUAAUAUCCAUGGCCAUGCCUCUGACGCCCAUAUAAGAGUUGGACAACACGUUUCUGAGAUAAUAACCUCUCUUCCAACCCCUAAUAUCCACGGCCAUGCAUCUGAUGCCCAUAUAAAGGUUGGCGAACAUGUUUCAGAGGUAACCACGCCCAUUCCUACUGCUAACAUCCAUGGCCACGCCUCUGAUGCCCACAUAAGGGUUGGCGAACACGUUUCUGAGGUAACCACUCCCAUUCCUACUGCUAACAUCCAUGGCCACGCCUCUGAUGCCCAUAUAAGGGUUGGCGAACACGUUUCUGAGGUAACCACUUCCAUUCCUACUGCUAAUAUUCAUGGCCACGCCUCUGAUGCUCAUAUAAAGGUGGGUGAGUUUGUAUUCGAUGUCGCGUCCUCUCGUCCACGUUGGAGUAAAUACGGUCACUCUUCUGACAGCACCCUUGAAGUGGGCUGCAUAAUACCCAAUGCCACCCAAACGCCCACUCUAUUGCCUGGCAGUGCUUUUGGGCAUGCGUCUGACUCCACACUGACAGCAGGAUGUGUUGUAUCAGGCGUGAACCCACAGCCAUCUCCAUUACCCGGCAGUGAGUAUGGACAUUCCUCUCAGUCCAGCUUGGGAAUUGGGUGUGUGGUCAGUGGGAUUGAGAGCACUCGACCCGGCUCUCUGUACAGCAGUGCCUACGGGCAUUCAUCAGACUCAGCACUGGGCAUGGGAUGUGUGGUUGGCGGGGUGGUGCCAGGGAGUUUGUAUGGUGACCGACAACCAGCCAAUUCUGAAAAAGCAUCAGAGGACACAGGGAAACCAGCAGAUAUUGACACCCAAGCGCCCCCUACUGAUCUCUUCAGUCUGGAUGAGGGUCUGGCUGCGUGGGCUCUGGGCUUAGGCUUGUCUCCUCGAGAGAGUCCAGAAGACCGCUAUCUGCUCAGCCUGGCCUGUCAGUAUCAGGUGGAGCACUACCAGGACUCCUACAGCCUGAUGACUGCAGCUCCAGACUCUGAGCCUCUGCUUCAGGUCACUCGGGGCCCCAAUGGUCUCUCUGUAGAGCCGUCUCUUCAUCAGGCCACUGACGCCACCGCAGUACAGCAGAGUGAGAUGAUGCCACUGCCGGUGCUAAUGAAACACUCUGUCACCACACCACUCAUUACACACGUGUCUAUGGUCAAUAAGGCUGUGGUGGAUUAUUUCUUCGUGGAGUUGGCUGUGGAGAAGCAUUUCCAGACUCUCCGCCACUUCCUGCUCAUGGAGGACGGAGAGUUUGCUCUUUCUCUCAGUGAUCAGCUCUUUGAAAAGCUGGGCAGUGGACAGACCCCCGGUGAGCUGCUGACGCCGCUGGUGUUGAACUCCAUCCUCAAUAAGGCUCUUCAGUACAGUGUUCACGGAGACAGUGAACUGGCGGCUCACUUCACGUUUGCUCUGAGAUACCUUCCGGAAAUCUUCCAUCCGCACGCGCCAGACUCUCUCAACUGCCUCGAGCUGCGGUACAAGGUGGACUGGCCGGUCAAUAUCGUCAUCACUGAGAGCUGUCUGAACAAAUACAACAGACUCUUCUCCUUCCUGCUGCAGCUCAAACACAUGGUCUGGACCCUCCGAGACGUCUGGUUUCAUCUCAAGCGCACCGCUCUGGUUAAAGGUGCGGGUCGCUCGGCUCAGUUCCACCAGCUCCAGCUCUACAGACACGAGAUGCAGCACUUCGUGAAGGUGAUCCAGGGCUACAUCGCCAACCAGAUCCUGCAGGUGUCCUGGAGCGAGUUCACACACAAGCUGAGCAGUGCCAGCGACCUGGACGCCAUUCAUCGCACACACGCCGAAUACCUCAACAGAGCCAUCUUCAGGGGUCUGCUGACGGAGAAAGCAGCCCCUGUCAUGAACAUCAUCCACAGCAUCUUCAGCCUGAUCCUGAAGUUUCGUGGUCAGCUGGUGGCACAGCGCUGGGAGCUCCAGCAGGGGGAGCCGGUGCAUCCGGGAUUCAUCGCCAUGCAGCAGUCCUACAACACCUUCAAAUACUACUCACGCUUUCUGUUCAAAGUGGUGUCCAAACUGGUGGACAAAGGCUAUCAGCCACAUCUGGAGGACUUUCUGCUGCGCAUCAACCUCAACAACUACUAUAAAGACUCCUGAUCUUCCUCAUCCUAAAUGAGGACGUUUGGAGUGUGUUUUUACCUUCCGGGCGUCUGCGAUCUCCUUGGCCAGGUUGAUGGUGUAGCAGAUCUGAGGAGAAACAGCAGGAGAAGAGAGUUGAGCUGAGGUGGAGUGUGAGGUGUGUGCGCUGGUGUGUUUUUCACCUUCUCUCCUUCAGUGUUGCUCUCGAACACAAACACACUGAAGGAGGGCUCGU